GGCGCCUGCGCCUGCCCGCCUGCCCGAAGCAAACUCGAACUCAAAAAUCCUGUCAACAGCACGCUGUCAUGUAGGAGCUCCGUGUUGUCGUCGUAAACCUCAAGAAAAACAGUGACUUUGUUGGUAAACGUUGAAUCAGUGGGUGCGUGCGUUGUCUGACACUCGGUGACAAGAUUUAAGUGACGUUUACUCUACGUUUCGGUGAACGUAGAGAAGUUUGUGCAGACUCUAACCUCGUGUGCGGUCACUUUGACGGAGCUCGAGGGGGGCAUAACAAGCCAGAGCGCGGCGUUCAAAGACUCGGCGGCGCUACAGCGGCGCUCAAAUAAGUUGUCGGGCGUUCAAAACGUUCUGACGACUUCGCCAUGAACAAGUUCAGGUCCUGGAAGCCGUCGGGUGUCCGCAGUGACAGCUCGGCUGGCUCGUCGCUCCGCUUCACUCCUCGCUACUCGCAAGUCUACCCGGCGGAUCUAAUGAAGUACAAACGACCUCGGGAACGCUUCCCGUCAUCCAGCAGUACGGACGACCCGGACAGCGGGUCCGAGGGCGAGCAGGACGUGGGUCUGGCGGGCCCCGGGGGGCUGCACUCGCACCCGCACUCGCACCACGGCCACCCGCACACGCCGCAGCACCACUCGUCCAGCAGCAGCUCGGUGGCGCGCAAGCGGCGCGGCAACCUGCCCAAGUACUCCGUCAAGAUCCUCAAGCGCUGGCUCUACGACCACCGGUACAACGCCUACCCGAACGACGCCGAGAAGGUGUCGCUGUCGAAGGAGGCCAACCUGACCGUGCUGCAGGUGUGCAACUGGUUCAUAAACGCGAGACGAAGAGUCCUUCCAGAAAUGAUAAGACGGGAGGGGAACGACCCCCAGAACUACACGAUAUCGAGGAGGGGGAAGAAGCUGGGCGGCGGCAGCGGGGGCAGCCAAGUGAGUGGCUCCUCCAGCUCCAGCCCGCCCGGGAGCACGGGCAAGCGGGGCAUCGACCACGACUAUGACGAUACUGUCAUGUACCGCAGCGAGGAGGACUCGCCCAACGAGUACGAGAGCAGCUCGCCUUCCGAAGAGGAAGUCACCUCACCCCUCUCGAGCCAGCCCUGGCAUAAUCACCAUUCGGUGAUUCGAUUUGGAUAUCAGAACGACUGUAAGGUCUCUCUCAACAAUAACAACCAGCAUCGACCGCAGUUGAACAUCCAAAGAGAGGAAGAAUCAAAUAGUGCUAAGAAUGUUAUCACCCAAACAGCUGCAGAGUAUUGGAACACACGACUUUGCACGCCUCUUUCCUCACAUCAACAAGAGACUCCACCCCCGACUCCCCCUGAUGAUGUCGAGGACCGCGAUAAGUUUAAGUGUCUUUACCUUUUAGUUGAAGCAGCUGUUCAGGUGCAACAGCAGGAGCGCCAAAGGGAACAGCAGCAACUUGCGACACCAACAAUGUAGUGUUGGUUACCAGGGGUCGUAAAACAUUUGUCGUUUGGUUUGUGUUUGUUGCUUUCUUUCUGUCUACAUAUGACCGGGAGUCAAUAAUUGUAUUGAGUGUAAGUGAAGCUUAAGUGCCUGAAAUGGAGGUGCAGUCACUAGAUAUAUACUUUGGACUCAUUCUUGUGAUACUGAUUUGCUUUUGAGGUACGUACUUUUGAGUAACGUUUAGAGAGAAUGUGUGUGUGUGCUACAAUCCGCUGACAAGAAUUAAAUUGUGGUCAGGAAACCUUUUUUUUUCAUUCAGUGAUUGCAAUGUGAAUGGGCCCACAGCCACAGAGCAAGCAUUUCAUUUGCAUUUUCCUCCAGUCAACAUUUGAAAGUAAUUGACUAUUUCAGUUAAUUUAAACAAUUAUUUGAAAGACAAGAUGAUUUUUUUUUGUGUGUAUGAUAGGAUCACAUAUUUAUUUUGAAAUUCAAAACUUAACCAAGGUGCCUUAAGUAAGCUGUGAGCAGGAAGGCUGGUCUCUUUAUGAUGGACUUGCAACUGAUUAAUAUUUUAUGUACCUUAAUAGAGUUGCAUGUACCUAGUUCUUUUAUCAACUUACGAGAAGUAAUUGAAACUAUCAAUAUUCUAACUGAUUACAAGGUCUGUUUAUUGUAUUAAAUUUUACUCUGUGGAAAUGGACUUUUCCAUUUGUUUUAAUUCAUGUUUUAUAUCAAGUAAUUGUUUUUUUUUCUUUUUAAAUUUGAUCAGUUAGGCUGAUUUUAGUGUUGGAGUGUUAAAGUUAGUGAAACCUGUGAUUAUGUGUCGUUACUGGAGCGGCCGUUAUUGUUGUUUGUUAAGAAGUGGUCCGUCCCUUGAGCUUCUAUCCUUUCAUGACCGCUUUCCUUCUCCUUCAAAAUGGUAGUCAGGUUGUGGUAAUGCAAGGCUGAGUAUUUUUCUACGUAAUGCUCAAAAUUGAUUUUCUUCCUCUUUAUAAUGUUGUUCCCAAUGUUUAGUAUUAAGUUAAGGACAAGAAAUUUCACAGAUGACUGCUCAAUGGAUUUUGAAGAUGUGUAUAUACUUUGUGCUGUUGAAAUGGGCUCAACAAGUAGUAAUAGCUAGUAGAAUGAAAAUUCGAAUGAUCCAUGAUAGUACAAAAAAGCUGAAUUAGAGUAUUGUACAGGCGCUGGACGACUUAAUAUUACACUGCCAAGUUGAAUUAGUCAUUUAGCAGUCUGUACUGGAAUUCAUCAACAUACAAUUGUAGAAUUUACAGGUAGACUUUUUUUUACAUUGUUUUUUUUUAGAAAAUAAGAAGUUUGAAAAAAAAAUGUCAAAGCACAAUUUAUUUCCUGAUAGCAAAAUGGUGACUGAUUCCAGUUUGCCAUCAUGCACUAAAUUGUAUCUGUAGGGUUAUUGUUACUAGAUUUGUCACCAUUGUGUACAUUGUUAUUACUAUCUGCCCUUUUUGAGGCGGAUUUUUUGUUUUGUUUUGAGAUUCAUCUUUCUCCCAUCACUUGUUAUGGUGUGUACAUGGGAAGCGAUUGAGCUCCUUGUGAUAAUGAAGAGCUGUUGAAGGCGAGAUGGAUGAAAGUGUCAUAUCAGAGCUGCAAAUGUCAAAUGAUUAUUUUGCCAGCCCCUGGUCUUCCUUGUGAACCAUUGCUGCUGCGUACUUAUCUCAACUGUAGAAUGUUUUUUUUUUUUUUCUCUUAUUUUAAAUGUGAUCUUUUGUGCCUUAAAGGCAUAAAAAGAUGUGUGCCAAUUAUUUUGUAGUUACAAUUCAUGUGGGAAUUGAAGUGUGCAGUAUACCAAUGGUUCCUAGGGAAGAUCUGGAAAUUUCAUAGACCAUGAUAGAAAUAGUCAACAAUAGGAAAUAAAUCUCAUCAAAAUGA